GAUUGGUAUUUCCUUCCAUACUGGGAGAGUUGGGGAUUAAAGUACCAAGUACGUAGCUUAUCUGAAUAAAGGUAUAGGACCAAGAUCGAAGACUUAUAAGGAGGAACUCAAAGACGAAUUUGGGUUUGGCUUUUCUUUAACGAAUAUCGGACUUGAUACCUAAAUUAUCACAACAUGUCUUCCACAAUGCUUGCGUCUUUCCCUGGUACUGCCACUGGUUACACCUCUCGUCUGAACAAGGACCACGUUUCAUUACUGGGUGAUAAUGAGACCUACACUUUCGAACAGCUUGUUCAAGACCUCAGAGGCUGCUUGGGUAACUCUCGGGGUAUCGAUGAAGAACAUGUUGACCAUGCCGUUUUGAUGGCCUUCAUGUCCAAAUAUGCUUCCAACCCUGCCGACUGGGCACGUUUCACACGCAACGACGUCAGCAAGAACUACACUCGGAAUCUUGUGGAGGAUAUCAAUGGUCGUGCCAAUUUGUUGGUGUUGGUUUGGAACCCGCAGAAGGGAUCUCCAAUCCAUGAUCACGCAGACGCGCACUGUGUCAUGAAGAUCCUCGGCGGCGAGCUGAAUGAGAUUAUCUACGAGACCCCAGAUCCUGCUCGGGGCCAUGAUGCGCCUUUGACCGUGAAGAAAGAGACAACGUACAAGACCGACCAAGUGGCAUAUAUCUGUGACCAGAUCGGCUUGCAUCGGGUCAUGAACCCGCAGAAGGAUCAGGUCGCGGUCUCAUUGCAUUUGUAUACUCCGCCCAAUGCAGCGGAUUUCGGAUACAAUAUCUAUGAUCGGGAGACUGGACGCAGCAGCCAUGUUUAUCAGGCACCAUAGGAGGUGUAUGGACAGGAAAGGAAGAGUGCAGGACACUGGUAACGAAUAACGACUGGCGUUGAUAAUUUGCUUGUAAACUAGA